AUGUCUUGUCUCCAAAAGUUCCUUCACAAAGUACUUCAUAUAUUCAGACAAACAGUUACGUCAGAGGGUGGUUUGAAGAUUGCUCACGUAGAGGCACCGGCCACAGCGGAAAAUGAACGACGUACACGUAAUGGCAAAUUCACUCUCGGACAAUUACGACAAACUGAUGGUUUAGUACCGUUACAAUCGGGAACAAAUCAAUUCGAUUCACAAAAAGGUAAAACAGGUUUUGGUAUGCCUCGUAAUACUUCUCUUAACGUGCAAUUUGCUGAUAAUGGUAAGAAAUGGACAAUUGAGCAAUUAAGAACUACCGAUUCAAUCAUUCGAUUACAAUCCGGAACUAAUAAAUGUGAUUCACAGAGAGGAAUGACUGGAUUCGGAACACCGCGCGAUGUUCGAGGUAAACAUUUGAAACGAUUGUGGGAAUUGGAGUUCCCGGAAGAAACAAUGGAAGAAAUCUCGCAAAAUAAAUCUUGUAAAUGCAACACCACAAAAUCUCUCUAA